AUGAUCGCGCAAGGCGAUUUGCAAGAGCAACUGUCCAAGAUCCUGGCUGCUGCGAACUCUGCCGGCCUCAAGUUUGAAGAUGUGAUCCCCGACGAGAUGGCAGACUACUUCCAGGGGAUGACGCAACUCAAAGCUGCGCAGGAUUACAUCAAAGACUUGGAGUUUCAGCAGACGCAGCUGUCGGCCGAGAACAGCAAAUUGACGGCCAAGUUGAAGGCGGCAGAAGAGGAAAUCGAAAACCAGCCGGAAGAGUUCAAGGAAAUGAAAGUCGAAUUACAGCAAGCGAAUCGUCAGGCCGACUGCUGGCAGAAGUGCUACGAAGACGCUCUUACCCGUGUGGAAACCUAUCAGCGUCAACUGCAAGAGAGACUCCAGCCGCGCUUCGCCGUGGAUGACGACUCCGUGAAGAAGAUCGAGCGCCUGAAGCACGAGCUCGACCAACAAAAAGCCAUCAAUGCCAAACUCGUGCAGGAAAACCAGGUUGCAUCAGCUCUAUUCGAAGCACUGCAACCGCAGUAUGCGCGCGAAGUCGAGGAGAAGGAUGUCGAACUCCGCAGGGUCGUUAAGGAACUCGACGAGUCCCAAGCAACAAUAGCAGCCAUUGAAUCCGAGAACGAGCAAGUCUCAGACACUUGUAACGUCAUCAUCGAGUUCUUGGAGAGUGAGAACGAAAACGCUGCGAAGGCCAUCCAGCAUCACUCCACCAAUGCUCGUGAUGCGAACCGACUCUGUUCCGUGAUACGAUCUGAGAUCACGCCUCUCAAUACGUUCUUCUCCUACGCCCUCGCUAUCUUGGAUACAUAUCGAUCUGUUUUCCAGGCUCUGGCAGCACCUUACGCCCACACAUUCCCCGCCACCUCAACCUUGGACAAGGACCUCGAUGCCGCGGCAGACCAUCUGGAAUUCUAUCGCGUCAUGCACCAGGCGACACAGAUCGAGGGCGAGGUCGACGAUUCAGUGCGAACACAGGUGAACGAGGUUGCAGGGAAGGCGGGGGAGAUGUAUCUGAGUCUUGAUCGGAUGAAAGUGGAUGUUGAGAAGAUUAUGGAGAUGAGGAGGCGACAUCCUGUGGGCAAGAAUGGGAAGCGGAGGUCCUUCUUCCAACGGUUCUUAUAGCCGAGACCGAUAUUCUUGUUAGCUUUAAUGAUACUACG